CUCCACAUUUCCUCCCCAUGUAGGGGGGUAGGUGCUCAGAGCGGCCGGAAGUGUUUGCUGUGCUGCCUGGCAGAGUUUGUAGUUUUUUUGGUUGCACGUGUUCGACGGCGCACUAAGGAUUUUGCACAAGUUGACCACCGUUUUGAGUCUUUUUUGGACGUCACUGCUAGCUUUGAAGCGUACACCGUGUAGUCGGAAUCUCUGAACCCGUGUCAUGGUUAUUACAAGAAAAGAAAUGAGUUUAUUUGUGCUAGCUAACAACCUGGGCGGGGGAGCUAACGUUAGCUGAGCCGGAGAACAACAUGUCCAGACUUGUUCCCAGACACUCCGGGAAUUGCUAUUAGCAAUUCGUUGACAAGCAAAUGAAAUGGAUUAUCAGUUUCCACAGCAGCUUUUUCCCUGUUUUUACAACAGCGGACCGCCGAGCUCGGUCCUGAAACACUGUACUGGAACCUGGGGCUGCUACGACCGUGUCAGACCUCAGGGCAGCUCUGGUCUUCACUCCAGCUGGACUUUUACAUCCAGACAUGAGGCCAGAGGGGAGACGUGGCGUCACACUGAGCCGGUACCAGUUCCUCUCUUGUCCCCUAAGAACUGCAUUCUUUGGCCUUCGACGCCUCCCAAUCCGAUGGACUUCACAGAACACAUGCAGAACUUCUUCAUGGAUUACUGCCAUGACGCCUUUGGGUGCAUGGGUGAAAUUCUGGGUGAAAACUUCCGGUUCAGAGAAGGAGUGAAAAAUAGACAUCGGAGGGAUUCAGCCAGUAUGUGGAAAGUGGAAAACUUCCUCGACUUGCUGAAUUUUAAAAUAUGUCACCAGACAUAUUUCUCCAAAACGGCGGACGCCUACAGCGCUCUGUUGUCGGACGUGGUGCACGCCAUCCCUCCUGAGCUGCUGGGUUCCCUGCUGUAUGAGGAGCUGACGGAGCAGAGGAGGCGUCUGCUGUUCUCUGAACAAGCCACGGGGGGCGCUCUGGCCUUCGUUCCCUUUUCACAGAGUGGCAGCAGUUCUCAGUCUGGCUGCCUCAUCUACCCUGGAAAUGAGGGACUGGACUGCCUCAACUUCCACAGAGUGGAGUUGCAGCACCACAGAGGAAGUUCCUCCUGUGUGGACGCCAGCAGCAGUGACCCGUUCAGCUUCCAACUGAAAGGCCCCAUCAGACAGAUCAGUUCUGCCUCCCUCUUCAACAAUUGUUGUGUGGCUGUGCGGUCCGAUCACCUGUGUGGAGUUUGGAGGCUCAGUGACAGAAACGAACCUCGUUUGCUGCAAGUCAUCAACGCCAAGGAGGCUGUGACCUGCAUCAACACCAGUCCUCAUGUUUUAGGUGAAGUUCUGGUGGCGAGUGAGAGCGGAGCAGCUAAGCUGUGGACUGUUGGCAGAGGGAUACAGACUGUUCGGACGGAAGACCAUAACCUGUACUUCAAUGCCAAGUCGUCAUGGCGAUGGUGCGAGUUCUCUGCCCACCCGAGGGUGAUGCUGUAUGCAGACAGGACGGGGGUGGAGCUCACAGACAUAAGGGUGAAUCCAGCCCUCAGCCACACUCUGUUUCGUAUCAGUAGCACCUCGGAGUGUCGCAGUGGGGAGAGACUCAUCCUGUCCCGUUACCUGGGAGACGUCCACGCCUUCCACCACCUCAUCACCACUCAGCACUCUGCCUACAUCGUGGACGAGCGCUUCCCCAGUGUGCCCAUGCUCAAGUGGGAUCACAUGAUGCAGUCCCCGCCCAUGUUUUGUCACGUUCUUCCUGGCUCUGCCUCGCCCGGUUCAGGCGAGGUGAGGACCACAAAGAUCCUGUUGGGUGCCCAAAGUUCUCAGGAAAUCACUCUGCUGCAGUACUCAGGAGGCAGAGCGGAGGCCUGCUUCAGCAGAGGUCCUCCUCAGUCUAUGCUCAGACCCAGAGACAGUCUGAAACACCUUCCUGUCCAGAUCCCCCACCGCCUGGACACAGCAAACAACCGACUGUCCUCACCUGCCACAGGUCUGACUUGUAUCCAGAAGAAUGGAGGAGGAGAAGCAGGUGGCGAGGACUGUAUCUGUGUCCUGCAGCUGACGGAGUCAGGGGAUAUUUUCUACCAGAUCCUCGAGCAUGAGCAGCGGGACGCCUGUCAGCCUCCGGCAGCAGAGGAUGACCAUCUUCCUCGACAAGCAGCCAAAAACUUGGCACAACCAAAUCAAAAAGAAGCUGCAACGUCAGGAAGGUUUCAGACAGAAUCUCAGUUGGUUGUAUCAGACACUUCGAGCGACGAGGACAUAAUUGAGCCAACUCAGUGGCCGACUGCGCAGAGGCUUGUGGCUGAAACUCCAGAGAAGGAACAACGAGCACAAAGCAAGUACUCUGAGUCUUCUUCUGAGGAUUCAGAGUCAGGAGGAAAAGGUCGAGUCCUGAAACGGCUGAGGCUGCAGGUUGUCGUUAACGAUUUCGAGAUGGGUGAAGCGAGUGGACUGGACGCAGGCGUAAAAGAUGGAAAUGGGAUUAAAAAUAGUGCUGAGGAACCCAACGGCAUGGGGGAAAAGGUCAGCGGCUCUGGUAGCUUGAGUCACAUGACACAACUAAAACUCAGCAACUGCACUCUAGUCACUUGGAAACACUGGCUUCAGAAACUGAUAAAAAAGAGUCGUGCAAACAAGCCCCGCUCACACUGCCUUCAGCACUUCACAGUCCCAGCUGAAAGCCUUCUGCGUGUCUCUGAGGCCGAAGCAACGGACUCAGCAGAAAAGGAGCGUGUGCAGAGCCUGAGACGUGAUCUGAGGCGAUGCAUGUCCGAGCGCUCGCUGUUCACUCACAGCGCUGUCUCUGCCUCCCUCGCAGCUCCAGACGUGGUACCUUUGCCAAACCCGGUGGACACGGACGUCUGGACUGAUCCACUCAGCCAACGCUUGACCCUCUCCUGGCAGGGGGAGGAAGAGUGGCGGGCGUGGUGGGAAGACGAGCUGGGGCUGAACAGGGGGAAGAAGGUAGAGGCUCUAAAGAGGAAGAGGAGGAGGGAGAAGGAUGCAAAGAGAGCCAGCGGCCGACGCCUGGAGCUGUCCGGGAGCUUCACGUCAUCUGUCAGCUACCAGUCAGAGCUGGGUGAUCUCUCUGAUUCGACAGGCUGGUCCUCUGCUGCGAGUCAGAGUGCUUGGUCAGACACUGAAGGUAUGGUGUCCCAGUUGGAGGGCUUUGGGGAGUGUGAGACACCAAGAGUUGCAACACCGUCCACGGCGCAAACGGAUAAUCGGAUAAUGACCACCACACCUCAAAGCAUUGAAGAUAAACGAGGUGACCAGCAGACUCCCAGCAUCUCCCACACACCAAAACCUGUCUCCACGCCAAGCAGCCAGAGGAGGAGCAGACGUCCAGCUGAGGACUACCUCAGCUCUCUGUGUUCACCACAGGACGAGCCCUUGCAGGAAGAUAGUUGCUUCCUGGAAGAGGGGAGCACCGUACACCCCUCGCCGCCACCUCGGGCCUCCGCCUUCUCUCCACUUCGCAGCUCCCACUCAGUCCCUGUGGGCACAUUCAGGGUGGAUCUGUCCCAGAGCUCCAUCAUGUCACGUUUCUCCCAGUCUUUGUCGCAGUCCCAGAGUUCACAGGGUCGCCUAGGGGGGUCGCAGGCAUCUCAACCCAAGAAGAAGAAGUCUCGAAUGGGAUUUUGAUUCACUGGCCUGUUUGCCCGUCACAGGGGAUGUUUGGCAUAGCUGUUGUGUUCGUAACAACUUGAGAAAAUAAAAACAAAGAGGUUGGACCAAACCUCAUAUUAAAAAGAACAUUUUUCUGAUUGUUGGUGCCUCAGGAGCCAAAACGGAUCUGUGAUGGUGUUACUCACUGGAAUUGUACUUGCAAACAAUGGACAUGUCAACUGGAUGUUAUGGAAGAGGAUAACAGAAAAGGAUCCAUCACAGUGUCAGAGGUACGUGAAGAAAACGGACUGCAGACUGGUUUGGUAGGACUGAAUGGAUUUUAUUAUCUUUGUUUUGUAUUUGUGUCUUUUUUUAAAUUUUGAUAGUAUUCUGUGUGUGUGUGUUUGUGUAUGUGCGUGAGAGCAAUGUGAUGUUAGGAAUCUUGACAUGUCACAUGAUCUGAGCAGUCGGUCACUGGUGACUGAGGCGAUGAUUCUCUCAGUUUCUGUUUUACUGGUUUGGUUUUCUUAACAGGGUAGAGAUGGCAUAGAUAGACCGGAAAGACAAGUUCCUGGCAGUAUAAAAAUAUGUUUUCUCUUGUCUUUGCUGUGAUUGGCCGGUUGAGAUGUUAGAGAUGUUAGAGCCACUUGUCAAUUUUCAUACCAGUCCAGUAUUGAAACCAAAUCUGAUUGGCUCGAGUGUAGUAAGUGUUUACAUUUCAGAGCAUCGAAACAAGAUGUAAAAUCUUUGUAGGAAUUGCUACAUCCUGGUAUUUCCCGAGUUGUCAAUAUCAGCAUUGAUCAGGUAUGUGGUGAUAAUUAUGAGCCUGUAGACAUAACUGAGGAUACCUUUGAGGUCACAUUUCAGAUCGACGAGCAGUUAAUUGGGGAUAAAAGUCCCCGGUUGGAAAACAGGAAAUUUUUUGAUCAGUGGUUAAAGACAGAAAUCGAUAGUCUAUGCCAUUUCCUGUGAAAAGUGUGUUUCUGUUUCUUUUUUUACAGAACGUCUGGCUGUUGCUUUCCAUUUCUGUUCUGUUGCUCUCAGUUGUUUUCACUGAUCGAUUACGGUACAACUCUCUCGCCGUGAUAAAUUAUUUUUAUGAUACAUUUCUAGACCUGCCUUUUUAAACAACCAAAGUGAUUUUGUAAAUAAAAUGUAGAUUUCAAAAAAGACUUUGGUCUCACUGGAAAAUAUGAAAAAAAAACCAAAACAUUUUUACGUGGAAAAGUAAAGAACAAAGUUGUGAUAUAGUUGCAAAUGGUGAGAGCUGUCAGCUUUUACAUACCAUGAGGGCUGUGGAUGAUGGGGGUGCCAUAUUCACUAACAUCCACAUGGAAAUAAGGUGCUCCUACGUCUGGGAGAAGUUGGAGGUAAAAAUUAAGUUUUUCUAAAACUGCAACAUAAUUCUCAUACAGUAAGAAUUUUCUUUAUUACCGAUUUAUUGUGGAAAUUUCAGACUUUUCCCUCAUAACAAUGACCCUAGGUACUUCCAGUCACAUUAAAGAAAAGCCUCCUGUGAGAGAGCAACAGUACCCUCAAAAUAAAUCAUUUAUGUUCAAAUCACGUUAUGUACUUCAUCACCCGGUUCAUCCAGUUUAGUUUCAGUUUGAUGUACAGUGUGAAUCCAAUCAGCUGGUUGUUGUUUGAGGGAUGGUGCAAGAAAAAAGACAGACAAAGGAAUAAAAAAUAAGAUUUUUAUAAGAUUUUUUUUUUCAGUACAGGUGACAAAAAGAGAAUAAAUAACUUAAUAUCUACAAAGAACUAUUAACAGAUUUUUUUUGUACAACAUUUACAGUUUUACAUGUUUUUGUAUUAACAUUUUUGACAUUUUUAGACUUUUUUUUUUGACACUCCGUCAGCAAUAUUUUGUUCAAACAACAUCCUCUCAAAAGUUUCAAAACACAAGACUUGUUUUUGUUUUUAAGCUACAUCCUAAAAUUGGCAACUUUGAAUUUAAAUCAGGGCCCUACAUACACACAUCCACAAACACACUUAGUAAAAUGUUGUUUUCUGAACACCCUGCGGUGUCAGCAGGGUUUGAAUCUGAAGGAAAAGUCAGGCCGCGUUGGAGCUGAUUCAGAUCUCUGCCCUGUUGCCGUUAAGCAAGGCACUUCGCCGACUGAACGUGAGCUCUGAACACUCAGUGAACAACUGAUAUUUACCUUCGGACACAAAUUCAAACUUCCAGUGUGCCCAUUUAACACUUGAAAUGAGAUAAAAAGAAAACUGUGCAAAUGUAAGAACAGAAGGUGAGAGCAGCUGUUAUCAAGAAACAACAAAUGCAGGUUGAAUUGAAACGGAUUCAUGGAAACUGUGACACCCAAUGUGAACUGCACUAAUACAACACUGGAUCCAAACGGGUCCACACAGAGCACGAGGCCCAGGACAAGUCUCAGGACCCAGUGAACUCGUGAAGACCUCUACUUCAUGUUUUAGCCCUUAUCUGGAAACAGAACCAGGGCUUGGGUUCAACACAAUUCUGUUGCAACCUUUCAUAAUUAAAGUUCUGAUUCCAAGAUAACAGGUGGCCAUCUUGUCAUCAGUGCGCUUUUCUUUGACUAUAUUAACACUGUAAACAUGGGCACCAAAAACAGCAUUAUUUGUUAUCUUAAGAUACAUUAGCUCAGAGUCUUGGAUCACUCAGACAGUAAGCCUGCAGCCGCUCUCAGCUUCUGUACAUCAAGAAAUCUCCUCCUUACCC